GUCGCUUGGUGCCCAGGCGAUCGCAGUUGGGUCACCCUGGUCUCGCACUCAGCGCGCUGCGUGGAGGAAAUCGUCCUCCGGUCCCGGACUGCCAGGGGCGCAGCUGGCGACAGGGGACCCUCGCUCCCCCCUCCCCUCGCCGGGUGAUUGGCAGCGCGAAGCUAGGCUCCCACCUCCGCGAGGAUCCACACCUGUUGGACGAACCUGACCUCUUGGAGACGCCACGCCCGCUGCAACAGGGAGAAAGAAGCCAGUGCGGCCCUAGGCUAAAGCUGCUAAAGCGAGCAACCUGCGCGGCUCGGGCUACCCCUGAGCACUCCACCGCUGGGGGCCAUGGACGUGCCACGGGACAUCGGUAGCUUUGUGGUGUGGGACUACGUGGUGUUCGCAGGCAUGCUGCUCAUCUCGGCCGCCAUCGGCAUCUACUAUGCCUUCGCGGGGGGCGGCCAGCAGACCUCCAAGGACUUUCUGACGGGUGGCCGCAGUAUGACCGCGGUGCCGGUGGCUCUGUCCCUCACUGCCAGCUUCAUGUCCGCUGUCACUGUCCUGGGCACUCCCGCCGAGGUCUAUCGUUUUGGGGCAAUUUUCAGCAUCUUUGCCAUCACCUACUUUUUGGUGGUGCUCCUCAGCGCGGAGGUCUUCCUUCCGGUGUUCUAUAGACUGGGGAUCACCAGCACCUACGAGUAUUUGGAACUUCGAUUUAAUCGGUUCAUCCGUCUCUGCGGGACCGUCCUCUUCAUCGUCCAGACGAUUCUGUAUACUGGAAUUGUUAUUUAUGCCCCUGCCCUGGCUUUGAAUCAAGUUACAGGAUUUGAUCUGUGGGGCGCAGUGGUGGCGACUGGGGUGGUCUGCACGUUCUACUGCACACUGGGUGGUCUUAAAGCGGUGGUCUGGACAGAUGUUUUUCAAGUUGGGAUCAUGGUGGCUGGAUUUGCAUCCGUGAUCAUCCAGGCUACUAUAACUCAAGACGGUAUCAAUACAAUUUUGAGUGAGGCCUCCAGCGGAGGCAGAUUAAACUUCUGGAAUUUUAAUCCUAACCCUUUGCAAAGACACACGUUCUGGACCAUUAUCAUCGGAGGGACUUUCACAUGGACCACCAUCUACGGGAUCAACCAGUCCCAAGUGCAGAGAUACAUCUCCUGUAAAAACAGAUUCCACGCAAAACUGUCUCUCUACAUCAACCUUGUGGGUCUCUGGGUGAUCCUCACCUGCUCCGUGUUCUGUGGGCUCGCCCUGUACUCCAGAUACCGUGACUGCGAUCCCUGGACAUCUAAGAAAGUGUCGGAAAUUGACCAGCUUAUGCCUUACUUGGUGCUGGACAUUUUGCGGAAUUACCCUGGAGUUCCCGGACUUUUUGUGGCCUGCGCCUACAGUGGGACUUUGAGCACGGUGUCCUCCAGUAUUAACGCCUUAGCUGCGGUGACCGUGGAAGAUCUCGUCAGACCUCACUUCAAGUCACUCUCAGAGAAGUCUCUGUCUUGGAUUUCCCAAGGAAUGAGUGUGCUGUAUGGAGCACUGUGUAUUGGGAUGGCUGCCGUGGCGUCGCUGAUGGGAGCCCUGUUACAGGCAGCGCUCAGCAUAUUUGGCAUGGUUGGUGGGCCACUUCUGGGCUUGUUUUCUUUGGGCAUGUUAGUCCCCUUUGCCAAUUCGACGGGAGCGUUCGUAGGUCUGUUGGCUGGAUUCGCCGUUUCUUUAUGGGUAGGAAUUGGGGCUCAGCUUUACCCUCCGCUUCCUGAGAGAACCUUGCCGUUGCCCCUGGAAGUCCGUGGCUGUAACAUCACACACAAUGGGUCAGACUGGAUAUCGACCACAGAAAUGCCUUUUUCCACAAGUGCUUUCCAGAUACACAACGUGGAAAGGACUCCGCUGAUGGAUAAUUGGUAUUCACUAUCAUAUUUGUACUUCAGUACUAUUGGAACAUUGGUAACAUUGUUAGUGGGGAUGCUUAUCAGUUUACCAACAGGAGGAAGAAGACAGAAUUUGGACCCCCAAUUCUUACUAACCAAACAGGACUUUUUAUCCAAUUUUGAUGCUUUUAAGAAAGAGAAUCAUGUUUUGAGCGAUAAGUCACAUCCAUAUAUGGAAGAUGGUGGAAUUGAUAACCCCGCCUUCAACCACAUUGAACUGAACCCCACGGACCACAGUGGCAAGAUCAGUGGGACUCGCUUGUGAAGCAUUUCAAGGCUAGAGGCUAUGUUAUCAUGUCUGUCUUUUUUUUUUUUUAACGUGUUUUAGGAUAAUUGGAUCAGAUCAUUUUUUUGCCCAUCACAGCUGUUUUGGAAGACUUAUUUUUGUAAAAGCUAAGUCCCAACUUGGUUUAUUUUCCACACUGAUUUAUCGAUGCUACACUAGAGUUGUUUCAAUAUCCACAUAUUCCACAUAUUCGAUAUCCACAUAUUCAAAAUGAGACAGUUUUGAAUGUUAUGACUACAUACAUGUCUGAAAGGCAAAUAUAGGCACACACAUGUGAUACUUGGUGACCAAAGGCAUAUUCUUACAUUUGGGACUUAUUUGGUGCUUGUAUAUAAAUCCUGGGAUAUCAACUAGAAUCUGGACAGAGAAUUCUUGCCUCCCCCUACACAUUCGGUUUCUAGGCAGCCGUGAAAUGACCAAUAGAGCCUGCCUGUCAUCUUUACCUCUGGAUCAACCCAUGGUGGAACCUUGCUACCAAGUCUGCAUCUGGAAUGGGGUAGACAGAAAGAUCCUGCCUAGGAGACAAUAGGGACCCAAGAAUCACGAUCAUCUUUAAUACACUCUUGUGCCUAUUUUUCCCACUGAGAUCCCUGGUUAUUGGCCAAUUAUAUUGCCCGUUUUAGGCUAUCCACUGUCUACCAUAUACUUCCUUCUUGAUUUCUGUCCCAUAGGUCUUGCUUUUGUUGGGCACAUUGUCCAGGCUUUACUGUUCCAGCUUCCUAGGCUUAUGUAUGUCUUGAGACAACCAGUAUGAAUCAUGUCACCUCUGUCCCUCAUUCACCAUGUGCCAGCUUAUAAAUUAUAUAUGCCCUUUCAUCUGGUACUGACUAACAUAUACAUCAUGUAAAUUUGGUGAUUCAAGAAUAUCGCAUAUUUAAAAACAAUAAAGUCCCAUGGGGUCAGAUAAUUGCUUUUUGUGCUGUUAAGUUGAGCUAAUUCAUAUAUUUAAAGAGCUAAAUUUCAUAGGUAAAUCCUACUUUUCUUUUCAUCUGUCCAAGACUUAUCAAAUACGUGCUUUGUUCUGUCUUCUAAGAUUUCAAACAAUAGUCCCAACAUUCUUAGCCACUUAUUUGGCUAUGUUCAUAGCUACCACUUGCAUUAAAGAAUUUCAUCAAUAACUUAUUUUUCUACAAUACCCACAUUAGAUAUUGUUUAAAAGAGUUAAGAAGUUUUCACAUUUUUAAAAUAAAAAUAUUGACAUUUUAAAAAUAAUUUAUAAUUUUAUACAUAAUUUUUGGUUAGUCAUAUUUAGACAGUCAUGCUUUGUACAUUUUAACUGACAUUAAAAACUAAAAUAUUAAAAAAUAUUAGCAUUUAUCUGAAGGAGAGAGAUUUAUAUACCAUUUAAAUCAACUAUGUAUUUGUGUAUUUCUUAUGUAUAUAGAUCUAUUUUUGAUCACCGUGUUUGUAAACAAAAAUCAAGUUUUGUGACUCUUUCUUGUAGUAUUCCAAUGAGCAGGGUCAUAUAAUCAUAUAUGUAGUCUUAUAUAACUAUGAUUUGAAGAACAGUUAUUUAUUAAAUGAUUCUGAAUGCC